GAUGCUGAAAAUAUUAUGUUUCUAAAGUACGAGGACAUGAAGAGGGAUCUCCCAGGGGCAGUGAAGAGUAUAUCACAGUUCAUGGGAUAUGAUCUUGAUCAGGCUACAAUAGAGAGUAUUGCUGAGCAGAGCUCAUUUGAAAGCAUGAAGGCAAAUCCUUUGGCUAACCCUGAUCUUUUCUUUACAUAUAAAGUAGAGACAAAUUCUACACCAUUCCUUCGUAAAGGAGUUGUUGAUGAUUGGAAGAAUCAUUUUAGUGAGGAACAGUCAUCAAAAUUUAAUGCUGAGUAUACUAAGAGAAUGGGUGGAAUUGGUUUAAAAUAUUGUUCAUAAAAAUUAUGUUCCUCAAACAGUUAUAUGUGAUGUAAAGUGUAAUGCUUGUAGUACAAAAUUAGAUC